CGUGUGUGCGCAUGUCAGUUGUGAGCACGGUCUCUUUCUGUCGUGGCACCUGGAGGUGAGUGGUUGUUCGUAGAUCGCGCACCGGUUUACUAUCCGACGAAUCUCCGCCGAGGAUAUAGCAUCGGACGACAGAAUACUGAAGGCACUCUCUUAAUCCUACAAAAAUGGGCAAGGAAAAGAUUCACAUUAACAUCGUCGUCAUUGGACACGUCGAUUCCGGCAAGUCAACCACCACCGGUCAUUUGAUAUACAAAUGCGGUGGUAUCGACAAGCGUACAAUUGAGAAGUUCGAGAAAGAGGCCCAGGAGAUGGGCAAAGGUUCCUUCAAAUAUGCCUGGGUACUCGACAAACUUAAGGCCGAACGUGAGCGCGGUAUCACCAUCGAUAUCGCCCUCUGGAAGUUCGAGACCGCCAAGUAUUACGUGACGAUCAUCGAUGCCCCUGGACACAGAGAUUUUAUCAAGAACAUGAUCACCGGUACCUCGCAAGCCGACUGCGCGGUGCUGAUCGUCGCCGCCGGCACCGGCGAGUUCGAGGCCGGAAUUUCGAAGAACGGACAGACCCGCGAGCACGCCCUCCUCGCGUUCACCCUCGGCGUCAAGCAGCUGAUUGUCGGAGUUAACAAAAUGGACUCCACCGAGCCGCCGUACUCCGAGACUCGGUUCGAGGAGAUCAAGAAGGAGGUCUCGUCGUACAUCAAGAAGAUCGGCUACAACCCGGCCGCCGUUGCGUUCGUGCCAAUCUCCGGCUGGCACGGAGACAACAUGCUGGAGGUGUCCUCCAAGAUGCCCUGGUUCAAGGGAUGGGCUGUGGAGCGUAAGGAGGGCAAGGCCGAGGGUAAAUGCCUCAUCGAAGCUCUGGAUGCCAUCCUGCCACCCACCAGGCCAACUGACAAGGCUCUUCGUCUUCCCCUUCAGGACGUGUACAAAAUCGGCGGUAUUGGAACGGUACCUGUCGGCCGUGUCGAGACUGGCGUAUUGAAACCAGGUAUGGUCGUUACUUUUGCACCCGCUGGAUUAACUACCGAAGUUAAGUCCGUCGAGAUGCACCACGAAGCCCUCACGGAGGCCGUGCCCGGCGACAACGUUGGUUUCAACGUCAAGAACGUGUCCGUUAAGGAACUGCGUCGUGGAUACGUCGCCGGAGAUUCCAAGAACAAUCCGCCCAAGGGUGCUGCUGACUUUACCGCACAGGUCAUCGUGCUCAAUCACCCUGGUCAAAUCAGCAACGGAUACACGCCGGUGUUGGAUUGCCAUACGGCCCAUAUCGCCUGCAAGUUCGCAGAAAUUAAGGAGAAGUGCGAUCGCCGUACCGGCAAGACCACCGAGGAGAACCCGAAGGCCAUCAAGUCUGGUGACGCCGCCAUCGUCACCCUGGUACCCAGCAAGCCCAUGUGCGUCGAGGCUUUCCAGGAGUUCCCGCCCCUGGGACGUUUCGCUGUCCGUGACAUGCGUCAGACAGUAGCCGUUGGUGUCAUCAAGGCUGUCACCUUUAAAGAUCAGGCGGGCAAAGUCACCAAGGCCGCUGAGAAAGCCCAGAAGAAGAAAUAACUAUUGUAAUAGUUUCCGUGCAUACACCGAUAGUUUCCGUGCGAAUAUGCCACCGGGCGGACAACGGCGUACACCAGCCGACGCACCUCAUCCUCCUUCGCACGACUCGCAAGAGACGAAUUUGACAGCGUCGUCUACAGCGGAGUCCCUCGUGAGGACUUUAACGCGAGCUACGAUCGGAAAUGAGAAAACAAUGAUCCAAUCGCGAAGAUUGGCCCAUCGUGCAUGCGGGAUCGCGCGACUGCCGCGCUUCCUCGACGCGCGGACAUUUCGCUUGUCGAAAUGGCUCCGUCACUUUUUUCACCGCAAGGAGUUUCGCAGGAAAGAACACGGGACACACGGAUUUUGCCGCUGGCCGAUAUGAAUUUUCGUCUCGUGGGAGUCGCUAGGAGGAAGAGCGAACUUCGCGCGAGCUAUCGUAAACAACGUACACCUACCAACUACUUCAUAACGAACAUCAACAUAAUUUAGCGCGGCUUAAUUAUAUUUUCUAAUUACUAUACGGAAAUAAAAUUCUGUAUAUAUCCGAUACUCGAGAAGAAACGUGUUAUUACUACUCUUUUUCGACAUCGUUACUCAAUUGGUGACUUGUCAAGAUUUAGCAUCCUUUUGAAGAAAUGUCUCAUUUUUAUCGCUCGGUAGCUAUACAAUCUGAUCGGAAGAAAAACAAAAUAUAUAUAUAUAUACACAUAUAUAUAUCGCGGCGACGUCCGUCAUUUUGUCUUGGUAGCUUUUUAUAUUAAUCGUUCAGACUAUUAAUUCAAGGAAACUUAGUAUAGAGAAAACUAGUGGGCCUUUACAAGGAUAGAUUUCGUUGGGAUGUGGGACCUGUUGUUUCCUCUGAUUAAUCUUCCCAUUCAAAUGUAGGUAAGACUAAUUCAAAUAAUGGUAUUGAGAAAAAGAAACUUUUUUUCUACAAGGUAUUCCUUUUAUCAACUAAUGUUAAACAGAAAGUGCAUCCACAAAAAGCUCCACCUGAUUCUUCUACAUUGGUUAACAGUUUUCUGUACAUACAUAUAAAUACCAGCGAUGACGAGCAAGAGCGAAAAUAAAGAAGCUGCGGAAAUGAGA